CACAAACAGACAAUGUUGCCAAGUAUUUCUCUGUCAAUUGUAUAAAUUGUAAGUUUCACAAAAUCUAAAUCAACCCAAUCAAAUGGAUAAUCAGAAUCAAGAUGCUGUCCCACUCAACGAAGAGACCAUCAAUGAAGAAGACCAAGAAGAAAAUGCCGAUGAAGAAGAAAUUAUUUCUGAACAGGAAUUAUCCGAAGCUGAAGAAGAACAAUCUUCAGUUGAAUCCGAGGAAGAAGCUGAUGAUCCUCACGAGCAUUUAGAUGAAAACGAUGAAGACAAUACAGAAGAACGGCAAAUGUAUCAAGAAUAUCUUCAUCUAAUCAAACAGAUUGAUGAACAAAAUGCCAUAAUACAUGAUUUAAAAAUGUCAUUAAAUGCUCUCAAGUGUCAGAUAUGUAAGAGCCAACGGGAUGAAAAGAACUACAGACGUCUAGCAAUUUGUCAAGAGCAAGAGCAUAUCAAAUUGCGCAUUAUGAUGAAUCGAGCCGUACAAUUACAAAAUUUCGGUUCACGGCGGCAUUACGAUGAUAUAGAAUGGGAAAUUACAGAUGUCGAGCAUGAUAGUUUUAUAAUUGGCUCCCAAAUGAAUAUGUUUAGCUGUCCCAGUCUCGAUAAGCAGUCUCAAGCCCAGGCAUGUCUGCAUACAGGUACAGAUUUCGAUGAUGAUGAUGACGAUGACUAAGACCAUUUAAAUUUGAUUGGGUUGAUUUAAAGUAAAAAUUCAAAAAUAUGUACGUUUUGGUAUCUAAAUAGAAUUUAUUUUUGCCACA